UAUUAGUCAAGUCCUUACAAUUAUUUGGAUAUGAUAACGAUGAAAAACCAUCACCAGGAAUAGUUUUUAGUAAUGAUUCAUUUAUAAUUGGCUUUUCUUCGAUCAAAGCUUGUUUCAAAAAAUAUCUAAAUGAAUCAAUUAACUUUGAAUCUAAAUCCAAUGCAAAUAACGCAAGAAUAAUAUCCCCUACAUUUUUUUCAGAAUCCAAUGGUGCUAUAAGACAUGUUAAAAUUGAGGGAAUCAUUUGUAAAGAAAUAUCAAUCAACAAGAAUUUCAAGGUUAUUAUUGAAAAUUUUGAAAACUACAAGAAGGACAAUAAGGAUCCUUUGGCAAUUGCUAAUAUAAUGGAUCUGACACCAAAAGGUUCAUUUAUAAGAACGUUGCCUAAAUAUGUGUACAAAGAAUACCUUUUAUCAUUAGAAUAUUUGGAUAAUAUUAUUCCCGAUGAAACACAUGAUUUUCUAGUAGAAUUUUUUGGGCAGGCUUUUUCUCUUGGACAUUCCAACCUACUUCAAAAUAUAAAGACUCUAGAGCAGUGUCAUUUAAAUGAUUUUGUAUAUCCAUGCCUGAAAGCUGCUUUGAUGUACUACAAAAAAGGCGAUGGAAUUGGUUUCACAAAUGAUGUCAACAAGUAUCAACUAGUAUAUAUUGAAGGGAGUUGUCCACAUAAUGUCAGAGAAAAGAAAGAAAUAGAUGACCGAUGUUAUCACCUUGUUGAAAUUGAUAAUGCAACUGUUCCACAGGAUUUUUCUGAAAUCGAAGAUUUUGUCUACUUUUAUGAGACAAUAAUUAAAUGGGCACUGUUGAUAAAUUCGUGUUUAAUAAAACUUUCAGACAAAACAUUAAAAAAACGAUCUUCACAGUUUUCAUAUGGAAUGAAUCAACUUGCCUUAGAUGAUUUUUCUCGAAAAUGA